AAAAAAAACACAUCCGCUUAUAUGAGCGCCGCCGCCACUCUCCCCUAACUCACUGUCACGGCGCUUAAACCCGACCCGUUACAUAAAAGAGAGCCUUUUCACCCCGCCGCUACUCUCCAACUCUCUCACUCACAAUGGCCACCGUAUGCCUGAAGCUCACAACCAUCUCCGCCACCGCCACCGCCACUACCGCCAACACAUCACCAUCAAAAUCCCCAACCCAAUUAAGAUUCAACACAUCCACAUCCGCACUACCCUCCUCCACCUACACCAAAUCUACCGAGCCUCUCCCCGUCUUCUCCGCCGUCAAAUCCUUCGCCCCCGCCACAGUCGCCAACUUGGGUCCCGGCUUCGACUUCCUGGGCUGCGCCGUCGAUGGAAUCGGCGACUACGUCAGCCUCCGUGUCGACCCGGACGUCCCCCUCGGCGAGGUCUCCAUCUCCCACAUCUCCGGCGCCGGCUCCCGCCUCAGCAAGAACCCCCUCUGGAACUGCGCCGGCAUCGCCGCCAUCGCCGUCAUGAAGAUGCUUAGCAUCCGCUCUGUUGGGCUCUCCCUUUCCCUCGAGAAGGGCCUCCCCCUCGGCAGCGGCCUCGGCUCCAGCGCUGCCAGCGCCGCCGCCGCCGCAGUCGCCGUCAACGAGCUCUUCGGCGGCCCUCUGUCGUCAUCGGAGCUCGUGAUCGCGGGAUUGGAGUCGGAGGCCAAGGUCUCCGGCUACCACGCCGACAACGUGGCACCCUCGAUUUUGGGCGGAUUCGUCUUGAUCCGCAGCUACGAGCCCUUGGAGCUGAUGCAGCUGAAAUUCCCCCAAGAGAAGAGUCUGUAUUUCGUGCUGGUGAAUCCGGAAUUUGAAGCCCCAACGAAGAAGAUGAGGGCGGCGCUGCCGCCGGAGGUUUCUAUGUCGAACCACGUGUGGAACUGCAGCCAGGCAGGGGCUCUGGUGGCGUCGGUGCUGCAAGGUGACCUAAUUGGAUUGGGGAAGGCGCUGUCGUCGGAUAAGAUUGUGGAGCCGAGGCGGGCGCCGCUGAUUCCGGGGAUGGAUGCGGUGAAGAAGGCAGCAAUCGAGUCAGGGGCGUUCGGGUGCACGAUCAGCGGGGCUGGGCCGACUGCGGUGGCCGUGACGGACUGCGAAGAGAGGGGCAGGGAGAUUGGGGAGAGAAUGGUGGAGGCCUUUUGGGGAGAGGGGAACUUGAAGUCUUUGGCAAUGGUGAAGCAGCUUGAUAGAGUUGGAGCGAGGCUUGUCAGCAGUGUGCCAAGAUGAUAUAUGUAGUUUUAUCUAUGGCUCAUGCAUUUCAUUAAUACUGCUUCUCUUUCAAAUGUUUAGUUUCUAAGAUUGCAUUCAUUUUGGUGUGGAUUGGCAUUUUGGGAUCUUUUUUGUUGUGCUUUUUAAGGAUGUUGUAGGAAUAAUGGAAUAUGUGAUUUCCAAUCUAGCAAUGGCUGUUUUAGGUGGUUUCUAUUGAUAUAAAUUGCAGAAUAUGAUUCUGAGCCUA